AUGAGCAAGACUGUCGAGACGGUUGAUCUCUCCAACACAACCGGCCUCUACUACGCGCCGGCCACCAUCUCGACCGGAAAAGUCGUCCACAUUGCUGGACAGCCCGGCAACACCAAGGACGGCCAUGUCCCCGCCGACUACGAGUCUCAGAUUCAUCUUGCGCUUUUGAACUUGCGCAAGCUCAUCAUCGCUGCUGGCGCGAGCAUCAAGGACAUUGCCAAGCUUAAUGUCUUUAUUGUCGGCUAUGAUGCUUCGAACCGUUUGCAUGCUCGUCAUAUUCAGCGCUUCUUUGGAAGUCAUAGACCGGCUAUGACGCUUGUUCCUGUUCCUAAGCUGGCGGUUCCUUCGUGGCUUAUUGAGAUUGACGCUAUCGUUGCUCUGCCUGAGCCGCUGCCGGCUCCAGCUCUCCCCGCUGCUACGGAGAGCUACGAUGUGGUCAUUAUCGGCGCGGGCCUCGCAGGUCUCUCUGCUGCUCACGAAGUCCUCAGCGCUGGUCUCUCCUGCGUCGUUCUGGAGGCUCGUGAUCGCGUUGGCGGCAAGACUUGGAGUGUGCCCACGGCCGAUGGUAAGGGCGUUGUUGAUCUUGGUGCUGCUUGGAUCAACGACUCCAACCAGAGCAGGGUCUAUGCCCUGGCGAAGCGAUAUGGCGCCGAGGUGAUUGAGCAAAACACCACGGGCAAUGCCGUCCUGGAGGACUUUGAUGGAAAGUGCACGCCUUUCAAAUACGGAGAUCUCCCCAACUACGACGAAGAGACCAAGAAGAACGUUGCCAAGAUCCGAGACAUGUGCGAAGCCGACUGUCAAGCCCUCGACACAUGGCGACCUAAGGAUACAUCCAUCGACUCGUUGACCUUUGAGGCAUACCUUCGCUCUCGGGGUGCUAGCGAGAAGGCCUUGGCUACGGCCAUGGUGUGGACUCGUGCCAUGCUUGGUCUUGAGCCUCGAGAUAUCUCGGCCCUGUACUUUCUCAACUACUGCAAGUCUGGCGGCGGUUUGCUAAACAUGCGAUCUGACCGUAAGCAUGGUGGUCAGUAUCUGCGGAUCCGACAGGGUACUCAGGUCUUUGCCAAGGGUCUUGCUUCAUCGCUUCCUGACAAGGUCGUUCGUCUUGAGAGUCCUGUUCAGACCGUCGUUCAGGAGGGUGGCCACUCGAUCAAGGUGCAGGCUGGCGGCACUGUCUACUCUGCCCGCAAGGUCAUCACGACUGUCCCAGGACCUGUCCUCAAGAACAUCUCGUUCUUCCCCAAGCUCCCACCCGUGAAGCAGGUCUGGGCCGACUCUCUCACCUACGGUUACUACACCAAGGCCAUGAUGGAGUUCAAGACUCCCUUCUGGGUUGAGCGCGGAUACUGCGGUCUUGUCAACUCGUUUAUCGGUCCUGCUAGCGUUAUCCGCGACAGCUGCAGCCCCGAGGACAAGAAGUAUGUUCUCACAUGCUUCAUGUCCGGCGAGCCCGGUCGCGCAUGGGCAGCCCUCUCCACACCCGAGAGAGAAAAGGCCAUCCUGAAGCAACUCGAGAAGCUCUUUGUCGUCUCCGACCUCGAGAGCCAAUUCAUCCAAAUGUCCACCUACGAGUGGGUGCACGACGAAUUCGCCGGCUGGGGCUGCCCCUGCACUUCCCUGCCUCCCGGUGUCCUCGACAGCCUCGGCGGCGAUGGUCUCCGAGAGCCCUGUGGAAACUUGCACUUUGCUGGAACGGAGACAGCUGGCGAGUGGAAGGGAUAUAUGGAGGGCGCUAUUCGUAGCGGGGAGAGGGCUGCUGGGGAGGUUGUCAAGGACUUGAAGACUGGUGUUGUUGCUAGGCUGUGA